AUGGGUUCAACAACGACACAGAUUUUGUACGCCCUUACUGUCGCUACUACUCCAACUAGAGCAGCCCCAGAGGACGCGUCUAAAAAGAGCCAUCAUGCUGAGUCUGGCUUUAGGAAUCCGUGGGACUCAUGGCGGGAUGUGAGCCUCAAAAGUGUGGGGGAGGUCAUGAUGCGUCGUUUGACCGGCAAGGCCAAUGUCCCAGAUACUAGUGGUCCCACAGUACCUGUUCGAAAACCCGAAUUCCUUCCCAGUCGUGACACCCCAAGGUUGCGCGCAACAUGGCUGGGUCAUGCGGCCUACUAUAUUGAAUUUCCCAGUGGCCUUCGAGUUCUCUUUGAUCCAGUUCUUGAGGAGCGCUGUGGGCCGUACAACAUGCUAGGGCCCAAGCGCUUCACUGACGCGCCCUGCAAGCCCACUGAUAUUCCGUUAAUCGACGCGGUUGUGAUUUCGCACAAUCACUACGAUCAUUUAUCAUACCACACAGUCACAGCAAUCGCGAAGAAGCAUCCCAACUGCCACUUCUUCGUCCCACUGGGUAACAAGACAUGGUUCCAACGAUGUGGCAUUGAGAAGGUUACGGAGCUGGACUGGUGGGAGGAGUGCGAUAUUACCUUGUCUCCAACAACUAAGGAGACAAAGGUCGAGGCUGCGGGUGAAGGACAUUCCGAGGCCUCAGAGAUCACGGCCCGGCUCAGCUCCGUGCCAUGUCAGCACGUCAGUGCUCGUGGCCCUUUUGACAGGAACAAAACCUUAUGGUGCUCUUGGGCUAUUGAAUCCGAGGGCAAGAAGGUUUAUUUUGCAGGAGACACUGGGUACCGACCAGUCACUGAGCUUCCUGAAGGAGAGGAUGAUCAUGAUCCAAAGUAUGACUUCCCUGUUUGCCCUGCGUUCAAGCAAGUGGGUGAGUUCCGGGGUCCAUUUGAUCUUGGCCUGAUUCCAAUUGGUGCGUAUGCUCCUCGCCAUGUAUGGAGUCCCGCCCACGGUGAUCCGCACGAUGCGGUCUCAAUCUUCCAAGACACCAAAUGCAAGAACGCACUUGGUAUUCACUGGGGAACUUGGGUCCUGACCGAGGAAGAUGUCCUCGAGCCGCCCGAGAAGCUGAAGACUGCCUUGAAACGGUUUGGCCUUCCCGAAAAGGGUGUCUUUGACGUGGUGGAUAUUGGCGAAAGCCGAGAGUAUUAA